GCAGAUCAGUUUGGGUCUAUCCUUCGCCUUGUGUUCAUUGGUACUAGGGGACUGCACCGCCAGCUUGAGUCUCCAGCCUUGAAUCCAUUACUUCUUUAUUGCUCGGGAGGCCCCGAGGAAUUACUGAACAAGAUGAUACAUAGGAGACUGCUGGCGCUAGUAAGCGCCCUAGUGUUCAUGGGCGUGUGCGCGUCGGCCUCAGAACCGGGCGCAAGCCCCUGGCAGGCCCUCAACCCCGCACUAACUGACACAAACCCCUACAAAGAAACAGAAGCCGAUACAACACAGGAGACCUUCGAGCCAACCCACCUCGAGGCCAACGCCACCAGCGAACUGACUCCCGAAGAAGAGUUCCUAGUGUCCAAUAUACCCAUUAACCUGCCCUUCAAGAUGGAAAAGAAGCAAUUGGCUGUAGCCAUGAAGCUUCUGAAGGAGGCGGUGAAGCCCAUUAUCAAGAACAAGGCGCUUCAUCAGACUGUGGCUUACAUAGACAGUCUGCUGGGAGCGUACAGAGAAGACCUUGAGUUACAGAUGUACAUGACGCUCCUCCUUGACUCCUUCCAGGAUAUGUUCGAGGGCAAGGAAGCAGUCCAGUUCCACAAGGUGCUGAGAGGCUUCUUCACCGAGAUCAGUGACGAGGCAACAGCUCGGACUAUCGACGACAUGUGGAGGUCGACGAUGGACCUCGUCUCCGAUCCUUUCAGAGAUUACUUCGUGCGUCCCGUCAACAACUACCUCGUAGCACCCAUCAGCAACGCCGUCAGUGGCUUUGCUGAUCGCAUCGGCAGGUGGAUGGGCAGCCGCAAACAUUACGUGAACGUCAAGUACCCUGAGUCUUACUCCAGGUGGAGUGAAGCGAUGAGCACCUACGCCAACCGGUUGUCUGACUGGACCAGCCAGGCUCGACAGGGAAUUGAAUUGGCUGCCAGGAUGCUGGAAGCACAGGACCAGGCCCGCGGCUGUGCUGCUGCACCCUGUGACUUCAGCGCCGCCUCCUCUUCCGAACCAGAAGUUUACGAGUGAUUCCUACCUUUCUUACGGCGAGAGCGACACACACAGUCACUACCUGAAGCACAAGUCGUCUUGAGGAAGCUUAUCUUUCGUCACUCAUCAUCAGUACCCACCGUUGCGUACAUUUCCCUAAUUUAACUAAUUAUUAAAAAGUUGUUUUGGAGGUUUCAGCUGGUCCUGACCUCAGUCAUCACAUCUGAUCCACGUAGGUAUUCAUCAGGAGCUCUUCUUGAAGAGUGUAACAAUUCAUUUUAGACUUCAUAUUAACUAUUGUUAUGACCUCGGUGCCCCUGAAUAUUGCACACAAUGCAAACCAUUUCUCCGAUCUUUGAAUACUUUACAUGCAAGUCUGUUUUUUUUCUUGUUUUAAAACGGACACAUUGCUCAAUAAAUUGACUCUUACCAGUACGUUCCUAAACAUUUAUUUAUUUAUCAUGUCAUCAAUGGUAACUCUUGAGUGAUUCGAGUCUUCCCUCAUUCACGCUUGUGACCUUCACUGUCCUCUUCACUACUUUCUACGACACUCACCGCUCAACCUCCGAUGAAUCAGUGUUUACACUUGUCAUAACUGCAGUAACUCGCUGUUGCCGAGUGGGAGAGAUCAAGUGGUUUAUUUUUUUUUUUUCCUCUCUUCACCUCUCAACUUUACCUCAUUAGUAUCGUUUUAAGAGAAUUUGUUGAGGGCUUAACGUCCUUAACUCUUGAAAAAUACUAUUAAGAUAUUAGACCCUAAUUUUUGGACACAGGACUAGUUGUUAUUGUUUUUUUUUUUUUUACAUAAAAAAAUACUCUCGAAAUUUUGAAACUUUUUUAAAACGGGUGACAUUUUUCUUUUCAUGACAAGAAAUCAGACCAAAGACUUGAUAUAAUUUUCAUAAGAAUAUCGCGCUACUGGCCACAUCAUUAGCUCAACGGUUGCAUUCCCAUCACAGAGAUCUCUUUUCUAAUUUAGGAAUUGUUAUAUCUAAAAAACAUUUUGUCCACAUCACUCUGUGACAAACAAGUCCUUGUGGGCAACCCCCCCCAAAUAAAAUCACAAUAUUUUUGGUCCAAUAAAAGAAAAAAAAAGAUAACUAAUUUGUGCACAGAAAUCUACUAAUUAUAUUUGGUUGUUAAUUUCCUGCAUGAAGUGUAUAAAAUUGAAAUACUGUUGUUGCACGGGAAUGCAAAAUACAAGUGGCCAGGUAUUGGACAGGUGUGUGAAGAAGAACACACCUGAUUGCCAACAUAUUCUCUUAGUAAAUUAAUAUACCUUUAUAACGAUAAAUAAUCAUAACAGGCUGACAGAGAAAUUACUAAUCAUUUAUUGUUAUUAUUUAUUCAUGUAUUUAUUUCCCGUAGCUACUUAAUGAUAAAUGUAAAAGCCUUGACAACCUCCAACGUUAUUCAACUCUUAAUUUGUAUAGACGAGCGACGCUGUUGUUGUUGUUGUUCCCCUUUUGUUGAUGUACAUAGAUGGUAAGCUUUUACAAUAAACUCUUAUUUGUUUA